GUUAUUUUCCUCCCUACCUCAUAUUCGGUAACCCUGCCCUGGUCUGUCAUUCUCCUUCUAUUUCCACUAGCAAAGAAGCAAGUAGCAAGAAGCAACGAGCCGGCGCGCUUUUCAUUUUCCUUCUAUUUUCACUAGCAAACAAGCGCAACGAGCCGCCGCACUCCAAUGAGAUAUGAAAUCUCGAGGCUCACUCCAACAUUUCUAAUAGCGAGGACAAGGGAUAAGGUAGUCAAAGUCUUGGAGAUGUGGCAGGGGGAGUGGCGGCGGCGGCGGGAGGCCGUGAGUGGCGGCAUCGGCGGCGGGUGGCGGUGGCCGUCGCGGGAAUCGUGGUGGAGCGGUCUCUGCUGCGUUAUCGGAGUCCCAGUGCAUAUGUUUCUCCUGAUGUAGAAGCCACGGCUCCCCCCAGAUACAACCUCCCUGCAUUUAGGGCAAACGUCCAUGACAUCCGAAAUCUACACUCUCUAAGGAAGCAUAAGGAGGAAGCAUAAGGAACGAUUCCAUUACAUCCGCCGAAAUCUUGAGAGAGUGUAGAUUUCGAAUGUCAUGGACGUUUGCCCUAAAUGCGGGGAGGUUGUAUCUGGGGGGAGCCGUGGCUUCUACAUCAGGAGGAACAUAUGCUCUGGGACUCCGAUAACACAGCAGAGACCGCUCCACCACGCCACCCGCCGCCGAUGCCGCCACUCACGGCCUCCCGCCGCCGCCACUCCCCCUGCCACAUCUCCAAGACUUUGACUACCUUAUCCCUUGCCCUCGCUGUUGGAAAUGUUGGAGUGAGCCUCGAGAUUUCAUGUCUCAUUGGGAACGCUAUCAUCCGCAGUGGUGAGGUGAGCUACUGGCAUUAUUGAGUUAUGGAAACAAUGAUGUUAGACUUGUAGGCCUGGUUCCAUUUACCUUUAAUGUCUGCAACUCCUAUCGGGACCACUCUUAGAAUUGUGAAUAGCUUAUACUUUGCUGAUACAAUAAUGGUCUGUUUAGUGGUUGUUCAGCCGCAGUGGGAAUGGGUAAUGAAUGCCUACCAGUUCCCCUAUUAUUCAGUUUUCCUAUGUUAAUUUUUUAUCCUACUUCUUUACCCUCCUCUACACUGCUUCUACUUGAUUGAAAAGGCUUACAUGCACUGUUGUCAUAGAAGGUUUGUUUUGUAUAUUAGUAGUGUUUACUUAUCACUUAACUGAUUGUAGAAGUUUAUGAACAUAAGAAGAGAGUUUGUUUUUGGUUAUAUUUCAUGUAUGGAGUUUGGAAUUUAUGUCUUGCAGAAGUAUCAGUUGUAUUAUUUAUUGCGGCAUCUUCUGGUGCAGGUUUCGGAAGUGAGUUCCCUUCUAGGUAGAGCGGGCAGGGUUGGCCUUGACAAAGCAGAGGAAGUACUGGACACACUUGGUAGUAGCAUGACGAAUCUGAAUCCUAACAGUGGGUUUACCUCAGGAGUAACAACAAAAGGCAACAAAAUUGCAAUUUUGGUAUUUGAAGUUGCUAACUCUAUGCAACCACUUUCAAAGGAGAACAUCAUACUUUUGAAAGAAGCAGUGCUUGCUUCAGAAGGGGUCCAAAAUUUAGUAUCUAGAGAUAUGGAAGAAUUACUGAGAAUUGCAGCAUCAGAUAAGAGGUAAAAUUUGCUGAUAUUUUAUUAAUGUGAACUUAUCACGGUUGCUUGAUUCGGAUAUUACACCAUUAGAUUUGGUAUCCUGUGAGAUGAUACUAAUUACUUAUCCAUGUGAUUGUGGCAGAGAAGAAUUGAUUGUUUUUUUUCUGGAGAAGUGGUACAUUUUGGAAAUCGUUGCAAAGAUCCACAAUGGCACAAUUUGGACCGUUAUUUUGAAAAAGUAAUGUAGAAAGGUUUUGAUUACUUUAGAAUAUUUUAACACUACGCGAAACAAAUCUCAUGUGACCCUUCAUACUGUUUCGUGUUUUGCAGGUUAGGCUCAGAACUUACACCUGAGAGGCAGCUUAGGGAAGAGGCAGAGACAAUGAUGAAACACAUAAUGACUAUGGUUCAGUACACAGCAGUGAGUUUUUGACCCUCCCAAUGUAUAUUUGUCAGUUUAGCAUCUAUCUAGUGCACAUUCCAAGUGAGAGGAUUUCAGGCAAUCAUGGUCAAUUAGUCGUAGGAAGCCUCUCGCUUGGUGUUCUUGUGAGUUGUGAUAUUUACGGAACAGAAUCUUAGAGAGUUUGAGCUGCUGAAUGGACAUAGUUUGACAGGUAACCGUACAACAAACACAUAAUGACAGCUUGUGGGUAUAGUUGAUCUUACAGUGUUCUCCUUUCAUCUCUCCCCUUGAAAAGUUGGAGGUGUCAAUUUCUUCAGGUCAAUCUGCCUAGUUCACUACUAGUGAUAUGAGUUCUGCUUUGUCUUGUGUUAAGCUUUUAUUGAUCAAGUACUUAUUGUGUGGUGGGGUCUAUAGAUCAACAUUCACUUCCACGUAUCAGAUGGGAAUCUACUCUGAAGUCAUCUUACAGUGAAAACUAGCCCGUUGCUUCGGGCAAUAUGUUGAGGAAAUAAAGUCUGAAACCAAAAUGAGUGAUUGACUUUUCUCUCUCAUCUUUGGUAUUUUGUACAAAGGCAAACUGCCCGUUCAUUCUUUUUACCCUGAUAUUUGAUUGUUGAUGUCUGUGAAAUGCGACCUUUCAAGGCAAGUGCCACGUGAGGUUUACCAGGCUUGCUAUUGUGAUUGACUGAAGCAGAAGCUUUCUUGUGCAAUUUUUUUCCCCCAACCUUCUAGUUUAAGGAAAUGUAAGACAUCAUCCUAUUUCCUCCCCUGUUGUGCAGGAAUUGUAUCAUGAAAUGCAUGCUUUGGACAGAUUUGAAACAAGAUUACCGACAUAAACUUCAAGAAGACGAGAACUCAAAUGCUACACAAAGAGGUGUGUUGUUUGAGUUUCAGGUUGUAUCGAGUUGUUUAGUUUUAUAUUUUAAUAGAUUACUCUCGUGGAUGUAGUCCGAGUGCACUUCCCUUUUGCAGUUAAAGCCUCUCCUUAUGUUGUAAUAUAGCCCUUCAAUAUCUAAAGUCUUAGAGCCUUAAUAUAUGAAGACCAAGAUUCUGCCGAAAGCAAUAAUUGAUUUCUUUUUUUUUUCAAACAUCGGUUUGAUCCAUAGAAUGAAUCUCCUUUUCAUUUGACCAGUUGUUGUUUUAGAUCUUUGUCAUCAAUGACAUGACAGUUUUGUUUUGAUAUAUACACAGCAGAGCUAUAUAAAUGUGAUAGACCUGACGUGACAUCAAAAUUAACUGAAUUUCUGGUGCCAACAACCAUGUUAAACUGGAAUUAUACCCUUUAUGGCUAAUUUGAACUUCUUUUAUUCACAUCUUUCAUUUCAUAUCCUAAUGCAUAUUUAGGAGCUGGGGUUUGCAUGAAUAUACAGAGUUGUGUUGGCCUUGAUUAAUAUUUUUGGAGAUCUCAGAAGUUCUAACCGUAUGUCUAAUUGAUAUCAGGAGACAGCCUUGCAAUUUUGAGGACGGAGUUAAAGAGUCAACUGAAAGAUGUGAAAAGUUUGAAGAAGAAAUCCCUAUGGUCCAAGAUUUUGGAAGAGGUACUAGUCAUUGUCGUCUAGGCAGUGAGUUCUUACUUCAUAUGGUGAACUUGGUCCUCUUAUAUCAGCAUUUGCAAUUUGGUGGAACCCAAUCCAACAAGGUAAUGGAAAAGCUUGUAGACAUCGUCCAUUUCGUGCAUCUGGAGAUUCAUGAAGCCUUUGGUAGUGCAGAUGGCGAUAAACCAGUGAAAAAUUCGACGAACAGUCACAAGAAGCUGGGUGCUGCUGUCCUUGCUUUGCAUUAUGCAAAUAUUAUAACUCAAAUUGAAACUCUUGUCUCCCGGUCCAGUUCUGUGCCUCCAAGUACAAGAGAUGCGCUGUACCAAGGGUUACCACCUAGUAUUAAGUCCACCAUGCGCUCCAAAUUGCUUGCAUUCCAGUUUAAUGAGGAGCUUAGCGUCCCUCAAAUCAAAGACGAAAUGGAGAAAACCUUGCGGUCGCUUGUCCCAAUUGCUGCUAACACAACCAAAGCUCAUCACGGAUUUGGUUGGGGUGGAGAAUGGGCAAAUACAGGGUCUGACAUGAACCAAAAGCCACCUGAGCAGAACGACUUGCUGAGGAUCCAGACUCUGCACCAUGCUGACAAAGACAAGACCGAAACAUACAUCCUCCGACUGGUGGGCUAAGAUCAGGUGACUAAGGGGGAGUCCCUUAGUCAUGUGACUAAGUGAAUCUCAGCCCUUCCAUCUCAUUAAAAUCCAAUGACCCUGAUUAAUCCAAUUUAAUGAAGGGCAAUGUAGUAAUUUAAUUAUUUAAUUUUUAUUUACCAAUUAAAAUAAAUAAAAAUUCAGCCCCGAUCCUUACCCUUCUCCGCGCGGCCUGCGUUUUUUUUUCGCCGAGACUUCCGAACCUUCCCGCCGGCCGAUCCUUCACUCUUGUGGCGUGUAAUUCGCCGGCGGCCCAUUUUUCCCGGGACGGCGCCAUAAUUCCCCUUCCUUUGAGAAUAUAUCCCAAGAGAGAGAGUGUCCUGCCAUUGGAAUUAUUUGGCUCCCUGGUGGCGGGGAGGGAGAGAGAGAGAGAGAGAGAGAGAGAGAGAGAGAGAGAGAGAGAGAGAGAGAGAGAGAUUUUAUACAGUUAGUAUGCUUUGUAUUGUUUGUCGGUUUAUUUUGUAAUGUUUGUACGCUUUGUUAUUUUGUAAUGUUUGUCGGGUUUUUUUUGUAAUGUUUGUACGCUUUGUUAUUUUGUAAUGUUUGUCGGUUUUUUUUGUAAUGUUUGUAAACUUUGUUAUUUUUGUGUAUCGUGUUUAUCAUUUUUGUCAACCAUGUUUGUAAUGUUUUUUAUGUCUAAAAAACACCCGGGUUGACUUUGGGAAGGAGCCCCUCUAUAUAGGGACGGAGCCUCUAAAGUCAACCCGGGUGUUUUUUCAGUUCGUAUGGUUUGUCGGUAUAGUUUGUCAUUUUUGUCCACCAUGUUCGUACUGUUUGUAUGUCUAAAAAACACCCGGGUUGACUUUGGGAAGGAGCCCCUCUAUAUAGGGAUGGAGCCUCCAAAGUCAACCCGGGAGUUUUUUCCCGUUCGUAUGGAUUUUCGGUCUAGUUUGUCAUUUUUGUCCACCAUGUGUCGUACUGUUUGUAUGUCUAAAAAAACACCCGAGUUGACUUUGGGAAGGAGCCCCUCUAUAUAGGGAUGGAGCCUCAAAAGUCAACCCGGUUGUUUUUUUCUUUUUGUAUGGUUUGUAUUGUUUGUCGGUCUAGUUUGUAUUGUUUGUACAGUUCAUACGUUUGUAAUGUUUGUAAAUCUGUUUGUAUGUUUUGUCGCUCUAGUUUGUAGUGUUCGUAUGUUUGUAUGGUUUGUACUGAUUGUAAAUCCGGUUUGUAUACUUCAUAAUUUUCCAUAAUACCCAAACUACCCAUGUCAUUAAUUAAAUAGCCCUUCCCACUUUUUAACCAUUGGAUUGAAGUGUCCAGAUCUAAGGGCUGGAAGGGGCUUAGUCAAGUGACUAAACACCCCCCUUAGUCACUGGAUCCGCUCUCCCGACUGGUGGUGUGGCUUCACCACCUUGUCAGCCUAGCAAGAGCUGCCAAUGGCGGAAUCAGAUCGCCUGUUAAAUCACCAACGCGAAAGACGAUACAGCUGACAGCACAAACUCCCAGCCUUCAGUCCCCCAUGCUGACAAUUGAAGAUCAAGAGAUGCUGAGAGAUGUAAGCAAAAGAACGAAACCGCCCGGGAUAAGCAAGAGCCAGGAGUUUGACACCGCGAAAACCAGGAUAAUGAUGAGCAAGCGCCACAGGUUGAGCAAGAGCAGUAGUCACUCCCCUUCUCGUGAAAGCAAGAGAGGCUUUUGUUGAGUAGUGGCCAAAUAUGGUGUUGUUUAGGAGUGGAUCGCAGAAUCAAUCGAGUUGAUAUAUGAUCAAUUUAGGGGUUUUAUUCUUUUUCUUUGUUCCCUGUUGCACAGAUGCACGUUUGGGAAGGGUCUAUGAACAUAGCAAGUUAGGCUUCUCCUUUUCCUUUCACGACUAAUGCGAGCAUUUUUCAGAUCUCGUGGUUAGACACGUAAGUCGUGCUUAAGUUACUUGCAUAGGAAAAAAGUCUUGAAUAUGAG